GGCAGGGCAGGUGGGAAAAGCUGCUCGUCUCCUCAGGAAAUUCCAUAACGGUCUGACUUUUUCCCUGAUUCGGUCAGCUUCUCCCCUGAGCUUCACUCUCGACUCUCAUUCAAGAUGAACAAACUUCUUUUCCUGUUUGCAGCUGGACUCUGCUUUGCAGUCGGUCAGACACUUCAGUGCUACAAGUGUGAUAUUGGCUUUUGGAACUUGUGCAUAACUAGCAAAAUCACAUGCAAAGAUGGAGAACAUUGUUUCAGUGGACUGGGGACAGCAGCUAAAUACUUGGACAUCAAAAUGAAGGGGUGUCUUGUGGUCGCCAGCUGCAACCAGACUGAAGAUGUGAACUUCCCUUCCAACUCCAAUACAAGCGUCUAUAAAAUGACGAAGACGUGCUGCAACAGCGACCUGUGCAACGGUGCGCCCCGCCUGCCUGGCGGCACCAGCCUGAGCCUGGCAGUGGCCGUCAUGUCUGCUCUGAUCACAGCCAGGGUUUUGGUUUAACCAUUACAAACACAAGGCCUUCCAAAAUUCAAUAAAAUACUCAACUCAGAGCUUUUCCCUUGGUUUUUGUGGUUAGUGCUACUGAGAGAAAUUGUGCUUUUGUUUAUUUUUUACAUCACUUAUAUUUCUGUUUGCAUUCCUGUAUUCUUAUUUGGCUCUUAACUUUCAAUUAAGCUCAAACUGUGUACAGAGCCCACAGAUAAAAGGUUUUCUGGGUGUUUUUCUGUGAGGAACAUGUUAGAUUUAUCUUAGAGACUCACAUCUAGGGCUACAUUUUUUAGGUGAGUGAUCAAUUUGUUAUCAUGCAGACAAAACAUUGCAUGCAUAAACAUUUUAAAUGAUUUUAGAGUAUUAUUUGUGCCACUUAAAGGGAGAUAGUGUGCUUUCUGAUUAUUAUACUUUGGGUUUUGUUCUGGAAAGAUUCUGCUUUUAUUAUUUGUAUGUUUGCUUUUCCUCUAAAAACUGAUAAACAAUAAGCACUGAUGAGAAUUCUUUGGAAUCUCUAUAUACUUAGGAUCGAGGUCUCUGUUUACAGAUUCUAAUUCAGAAUAUAUCAUUUCAAGCUUUUAAAAACUAUUUUGCUUUUAAAAUGAUCUUGACAUUUCUCUUUUUCUGAUUUAAAAAGCAGAAAAGCUUCCUGAUCAGCUGAUUUAUAAAUUUAGAAAAACAGGCUUAGGCUUUGAAACUGAUGAAUAGAAUCUAUUGUUGAAACGAGUGAACUCUGCCAUUUCUGCAGUUUUUUUUUAAUUCAUUUUAUUUUUUUUAUUUUUUACCUGGUGACCUGCCUGGAUGAACUAGUUCAGACUGGAUUGUGUUUGUUUAGAUCGAACCUUUGACAAGUCAAAAGAUGUGAUCUUCAAGGGUUGGAAUUAAAAAAAAGACAGGAAUAAAAUAAAAAUUAUGUGAAAAAA